GCCCAGGAGAGUUUCGUUCCAAGCAGCAGCAGAUCCAAGUCUGGUAUCCUAAUUUUGUUGAUCCUUGGAUAAAUAAAGCAGGGGGAAUGGCACCAGCUGUGGCCUGGCUACUUUUCCUUCAGCUUGUUUUGGGACCAACUCUGGUCGUGGAUAUCAAGCUGCAGAUCGCCAUCAAGAACUUCCGCAAUUUACACGUGGACUAUCCCAGGGUUAGCUACCCGAAGGAUUUCCAGGGCUACUGUAAUGGUCUGAUGGCCUAUGUGCGGGGCAGGAUGCAACACUGGCAUUGCCCAAAGAUCCACUACGUGAUACAUGCCCCUUGGCAAGACAUCAGGAAGCUCUGCAAGCAUAGUGAGAGUUUCUGUGAGAACUACAAUGAAUACUGCACACUCACUCAGGAUAGCUUCUCCCUCACCAUCUGUUCCCUGGAUCUCAAACAGCCACCCACUAGCUGCCGUUAUAAUAGCACCAUAACCAACCAAAGGCUCUACCUGCUCUGCUCCCGCAAGUAUGAUGCUGAACCAAUAGGUAUCACUGGCUUCUACUAGGGAAUUUAAUUCCUGAACCGCCACCCCCCCACCUCUACCACCAUAGGCCAGCCUGUCCCCAUUUCCAAAACUCUGAUCCCCGCAACAAGACUUCCUUCCUGACUCUGAAGCAGGCAGGGUCCCCUCCCAAGAGACCAGGCAGGUGUGAAAACGUCCAGGACUUUUGAUCACUAUGCAAAGUUGUACUGUUGUCUAGGCUCUUUCCAACUUGUUUACCAUCCCCAACCCCCAUCCUCCCUCUCCCAGAGACAGUAAAACCCACCCAAGAAGCUGACUGUGUCCACUUGGCAGUGACUGUCCACCACUGGGCCAGAUCCUAAAUCCUGGAUGGAGGCCCAGGGCCUCAGCUCACACCAUGGCAACAGGCACCAGCCCUACAUCUCACCUCCCAUCCCCACCACCCUUCUUGGCUCCGUCUUCCCCAUUUCCCUCCUAAUGCCCUCCACUCAUCCACCCGCACAGUCGGUGUCUCUAGCUGCAGGAAGCUCCCUGAGGCCCUUAAACUCACCUUGGCUUCAUUUUCCCACUGACUCCUCAGCUCUCGGCCUGCUCCACUCUGAAAUCAUAGAUUCUCCCUUCAUGUAACUAUCCUUCCCUCCCUUCUGCUGUCUCUGUCCCACCAGCCUUUAGUGACCUUGCCUUCCUUUUUCCAACCUCUUUUCCUGCCAUCCUUCUCACCUCGGCUUACUUGAAUUUCAAGGUAUCUUGUCCCCUCCAUCCCCUAAAAGUUCCUGCUUCUCCUCUAUUCCAGUAGCUCCUCCCAAGCCCCCAGACUCCAGGGUCUGCUUCUGACCAGACAGGGAUGAGGCAGCCCUGCCCUGGUCAUGUAAAGUUUUUUUGGGGGGGGCGGGGACCCUCUAGACACUGAUAGUCAUGUAAAGUUUUGAAACCACAACUGAGUUACAUGAGAUAUAACCAUUGGGGGAAACUGAGUGAAGGGCACAAGAGACCUCUCUAUACUAUUUUUUGUAACCU